GUGAGGCGCAAGAGCGGACCGGCGCACGCGUACACGUGCACACGCGGACAUAACAUGGCAUUCUUUUCUUCGACAGUCUCAACACGAUUUUCCAAUUCUUGAUUUAAAAAAAACAAAAAAAACUCCGUAUUUAUUUUUUCCCCCUUCAAAUUAUCAUCAUCAAGUUGGAAUAUAUGUUAUAAUACAAUACACUCGCGCAAGCCGAUGCUGUUGGACUGGACGCUUCCUUUUUGGACACACGGGAGCGUGCGUGUGCGCGUGCGACAGCGAUGACGACAUAUGUGGUUACUUGGGCACGGGGAAAGACAAAUAAAACGUUCCCCGCCGAAGACAAAAAGGUGGAUGCCAGCACAGCUUUCUGGAUGGACCCUCCAGCCUCCGUCAGUUUAGAAUCCAAGUCUCUGGUGGAAAAAAAACUCCUAAGAAACAGUGUUUUCCCUCCAGGUAUACAUGCUAUCUCAACAGAUCAGGCCGGACCUGGCACAUCUCUCCCGCCUGCUUAUGGAUUUUCCAAGAAUUCCUCACCAGAGCUGCAGAAAGCACUCGUCGUGCCUGCAGCUGGAGGCAUAGUCACAUCCAAUGACAAGGCUCUGGAUUCGGGCCUCAAUAGUAUCAAUAGCUUCCUGAAACUCCCUUGGAUCAGUCCUAACACUGAUGUAACCAUGUACCCCUUUCUCGACAUGGCGUAUAAGGCCUCAUUCCUGUCCCAGUCUUCCUCAUUCAUAUACCAGCAGUUAGCAUACCAGUCUCUGUGCUUAUCCGGUACAGAAAGCAGCUCACCUGAAGAUAGACUCUUCUACUUACCCUCAUACAUUCCUGCAUGUGUUUCUUCCCAAUUGGAACCUCAGUUCAGAAUGCAUGCGUCCACCCCAGCUGCCCUCACACAGCUGCACACAUUGCAGGGACCUCUGGUACAUCAAGAACCAUCUGCCUUCAGCACCUCUUUCCACCAGGAGCCCCUAUCAUCUGCUUUUCACUUUGAUGAGUGUCAUCUUAACAAAAGUAGUGCAAAGUCCUGGCUCUUCACUUCAACCAAGACUGGUCCUUCCAGCAGCAAUAGCUCUGCUUGUGAUCCAGUAAAUAAUUCUGUUCCAGCUUCUGUCUCAGUGUUGCUUCCAGUUCCGACAACAGCAGACUCUAAAAAGACUUCAAAGAGGAGCACCGCAUUGUCAGCUGAACUUUCUGGGAUUUCUCCCAUCAACACUGGCAGCCUUAGUUCUGAACUAGACUCCCUGAGACAAACCAGCGGUAGUCGACACAUUGACUCUAGCCCAGAACAGUGCACUCCUGAGAAGUGUCUGUCACCUGCAAGGACAUCAAUGGACAGAAAAGUAAAUCAAAUACCUUGGGAUCUUUCUGCCAAUAAAAUGAAAGGCUCAUUAAGCGGGUUCCAGUCCAAAUUAGAUAUUCGAGCCCAGUUGCAAUAUGGGAUAUUGGCUGGUGAGGAGCAAUGCCUAAAAGACGUUUUUUUUCCUCCUGCAACUAUAUCAGCAAAUAACCAGGGAACCCCCAAAAUAACUCAGUUUUCUCCCCCCAUUUUAAGUUUGGAUAAGACUGGACAUUUUUUACAGAAUCAAACCUUACCUUGCUCAAGAGCAGUUCAGCUUGGCAGCCCAUCCUCACCAAGAUCUUGUGAACCAUUCCCUUCCACAAAGUUGGGCCGGCAAACAGUACAUGUUCUAAACAGUAAAAAUACACACACAUUCUCUGGAAAACAAAUGUUUUCCAAGGCUGAAGGUCAAGACAACCAACCAAAUCUACCAAAGCAACAACAGCCACACGUGGAACUUGGAUCCACUUCCAGACGAAUCCACACUGACUCACAUGUUCCACUUGGUUUAGGCUACUUUCCAUACUCGGUUACAAACAAUGGGUCCUUGCAGCACAUAACUGUACCAGACAAAGGACCUGGCCACCGCCACCCCAUCCUCCUUGGCCGCAGCAGUGGCCGGACUCACACUUCCACAAAAGAGGGUCUUCCCCACAUAGUAGAUUCACAGGGUACUUCGUCUGCUGUCACAGCUCACAAGGACUUCAAAGAAUUCUCAAACAAGACUCUGUCUAAAACCUGGAAUGUAGACCAAUGCAAAAAUCAAGAAAGCCAAGAAAAGACGAGCCAGGCCAAGAAAUCAGAUCCCGAACAAAGUGGUAGUGGCAGCAAACACACUUUAAACCAAACCUUAACAUCUUUUUGCAAAAGGUUCAUUGAGGUUAGAGAGAGCACAUAUUGUGUCGCUGUGCCUUUUGAAGAAGUUGAAGAUGAUUUAUCGCCCAAUAAGGACAAAGGUUUCCUUGCUAGCCAGACUACAGGGCAACAAGGCAUACAAACCUCCACAUCCCAGCCACCGUCUCUUUAUCACAACUGUUCUUCACCUCCUCCUCCUCCAAGCAAGGCAAUAUCAAUGGAAGAUUCUCUUAGUCCAUCUCAAGACCUCCCAGACCAGCAGACGAUGCAUUGUGCACGAACGUCUCCUGAACAAUUUUUUAAAAAGAGGCCAAGUAAAGUCCCAUGUGCUUCUAACAGCUUGGAAAGAGGUGAAUAUGGUGCUGAUGGACUUGAUGAAAGUGAUGAAGAGGACCAGGUCAAUCAGAACCUCUCCUCAAAUAUCUGUGCAAUCAAAGAAAGUUCUUGUAUUUGCACCAGUACCACCCGAUUCCUGGAGAGUCUAGCUGUUGGAUGCAGCACUCAUUCAGAUGGUUCAGUUUGUACCAGUAAGACACCAGCAUGUGGCGAUGCCUGUCUGCAAGUCCCAGCUGGUGGAGUUAACACCAAAACUCUGUUGUGUGUCUCUAUUGACAAGAGAGAACAAAACACACCAGAUGGUGCCCAAAGCAUUGAUCCCAAGCCUCCUGCAUAUGGACACAAUGUCAGUGGUUGCUUAGCUCAGGAUCAUAUGCUGGAAAAUCAUUCCACAGUCACCAUCUUUAGCGAUGGGGAGAACACCAAGGACAUCAUGGAUCUCCAGUUAGGUGUGGGUAAAAAUACUGGCACCAGCACCCCUACUGAACAUUUUUCUAGAUCUUUGGACAAUCAACCAAAAUGUGAGACCAAGGAACCUUGUGUUUCCCAGUCCAGCUGGACGAGUCAAGAGCAGUGUAAGCUCAAGAAAAAACAGGAAGAGGAGAUGUCAGCAGCAGAAGAGGCUGAGCUGGCAGAUGGCCAGUGGGGCGACGCAGGAGGGGUUGAAGGGGGAGGGUUGGAGCGUUGCCAGCAGAGUGAGCGGAGGGUAGGAGCCCCCCCUCCUGCAGUCCACAUCGAAACACAGACAGGACUCAGAGGUUUGGAUCCCAACAUGUCGACAAACCGGGAGCAUAUGUUCAGCCUGGAGCCGUUUCACCAGAGCAGCAUCAGUGGUUGCUGGAGGAAGCGAAGAAGAACGGAAGACAAUGGGACGAAAAACGCAUUUACCAAUGAUGUGAUUCUGGAGGAUAAGCAAAAGAGUUGCAUUGAGCUGAAUGGCCCCUGCUUCAAAAAGGCCCACCUACCUGCUGAUGAUCUGACAGUCCACAUGGCCCCGUCUCUAGGGUUGCCUCCUUCCCCAAGGCAGGUGGGCAGUCUUGGCCUCUGUCAGCCCUCCCGCCUCCAGGAGAAGCAUCAGAAACUGAAGGAGAUCAACAGCGUCUCUUCACUCCUCCCGUUCUCAUCUGAUGACGACCUGGACAAACCCACAGGGAAACAUCCAUGCAAGACCAAGGACACAAUUGAGGCAGCAGAGGAGGCAGAUGAGCAAGUAGAGGAUGGGGAGGACAUGAUUUUGCAAGUUUCUCCGGAUACAUGCUCGCCACCCCUGCAGCCAAACCUUGCCAUCAGACCAACGCCCUCAGAAUUGCAUCAUCUAAUUGUGAAUAAACACGCAGGAGAGACGCUGCUGCAGCAUGCCGCUCGGCUGGGAGACAAGGACGCAGUGCUCUACUGUCUGCAGCUGAGUCUCUGCAACGUCAACCACAGAGACAACGCUGGCUAUUGCGCCCUGCAUGAGGUCUGCAGUCGCGGCUGGCUCAAGAUUGUGCGCCACCUGGUGGAGCGUGGAGCAGACGUCAACUGCAGCGCUCAGGACGGAACCAGGCCACUGCAUGACGCUGUUGAGAACAACCACGUAGAGGUGGUGCGUUUCCUGCUGGCCUGUGGCGCCGACCCCACCCUGACCUCUUACUCCGGACAAAGACCAAUAAACACGACCAACAGUGUUGCCAUGGAAACUUUCUUAGAGGAAUAUCUGGCUGAUCUCCAGGGAAGGCCGGAAGGUCAUUCUGGAAUCUGCUGGGAUUUUUACGGCAGUUCCGUGUGCGAACCAUCCAGUGAGGGCGGAGUUUACAACAUCUUGGCCGACCCCCCUGGGCCUGAAGAUGAGGAGGCGGAUGAUGAGGAGGAAGAGACAGAGCAGCGGGUCAGAAGGGAGGGGUUUGAAUUUGAGCUGUCAGACCAACCACUGCUUCCCUGUUACACCCUGCAGAUGUCACCAUCAAUGUGGUAACUGUCGCUGUCUGAUGACCUUGCGCUGUGGUCCGGAGGUUCUAUACGCGGUUCGACUGUUUGCAAAGUGGAAUAGUAAUGAAAGACAAUAGAAGGACAGUUGAACAACCGCGAUCACAAAUGAUAGCAGCUAAUUUUAAAUUAUAGUUGCACUGAUUUUACACUGUUAGUAAAAAAAAAGGGCAUUUUUCAGCCCUUUUCCUCAUGUUGCUCUUCUUUAUAAAUGGAACGGAAUGGGGGAGUGCUGACAUUUUGAGCAACCGCAAACUCAUUCGCUAGCUAUUUUGAAUCGGGACUCCCAAAUAAUGAUGAGGGAAAAUCUCCUUAUUCCCUCCAGCGCGCAGAAAUUUCUUGAUUUUAUUAUACUCAUUAUUGUCCCUUAAGGGGAAAUUCAACUCACACUGUUGCAUAUUUCUACAAAGUGGAGGUAAAAAUACACAGGUGGAUUACAUCUUGUGCAGAUGAUCUAAUCUGAAGGAGGUUACUGACUUUAAGGUAGUGGUAGGGGAGAGUGGAGCUAGACAGCAUAGCAUUUUGACCAGAUUGUUCAACAGAAUUCUAGAGGGUGAGAAGCAAGGUUAUGAUAGUAAACAAAAAAAACGAACAAAAUAGCGAAAACUAAAAUUGUAAAAACAUUUUUGUAGACAAAAUGAAAUUAAAACGAGAAUGUUUAAAAAAAAAAAAAAAAAAAACUUAAUUAACUAAAACGACAUUUUACGUUAGCAAAACUAACUAAAACUAUAUACUAUAAUUAUAGCAAAAAAUAUCCUUUGUUUUCAUCUUUAUCAGUGAAAUUGCGUAUAUGAGCUUUUGGUGUGAUUUUAAAUGUAUUUAUUUGGGAUAAAUACAACAACACUUCAGCAACAGCAGGAAAACUUGAAAAGCUUUGUCACAAUCAUCAUAUAACAAUAAUAACAAGAACAGGGAUUCUCAAAGUUUGGGUCCAGCUAGGGACACCUUACAUUGGAGACAUUUUUCCAAGGACCCACUCAUAAUUCUAACACCAAUUAAACAUCUCUUCAUGGGCGUAGAAAAAUGGCCCAACAAUAAAAUAAUAGCUGGAAAAUAUAAAUUACAAUAAAUUGCUGUUUAUACCUUUGUUUUUAUCAAUCAAUCAAUCUAGCUAUCAAUCAGUCAAUCAAGUUUUACUAAGCAGACUCAUAGUCCAUGAGAAAACACAUACGCUGUACAGUACAGUACAAAAUAAGAGAUGUAAAAGGAAAUUACAUCAGGAAAAUCUUUAUAUUUAAUGACCAUAACUAUUUUUUACCCAAUUCCCUUACAAGGAACAACAAGAAUCUAAGACAUUUCUCAUGCACUGUCCAUUAUGCAUGUAUUUAUUUCACUGUUACACUGGAGGAAUUUUUGGCUGAAAGGUUACUCAAUCAAUUUCCAGCCACUGAAUCGUUUCGGAUCAUAUCAUUCUAAACGAACCAAUAUCCUCCUUGAAUUGAAUCCGCAACCACAAAUCACGAUACGAAUCAUUGCUAAAAUGGGUCAUUACACCCCUACUUACAACAGUGCAGGAUGUAUGAGGGCAGCAGAACAGUGGUGGGGUGUGACAGAGGAGUUUAAGGUGGAAGUGGGACUGAGUCAGGGAUCAGCCCUGAGGCCCUUCCUGUUUGCAGUGGUGAUGGAUAGGCUGAUAGAUGAGGUUAGACUGGAAUCCCCAUGAACCACAACGAUCUGCAGUGGAACAUUUAGAAAGGUGGAGGCAUGCGCUGGAAAGGAGAGGAAUGAAGAUUAACUGAAGUAAAACAGAAUAUGUGUAUGAAUGAGAGGGAUGGAGGAGGAAGAAUGGGACUGUAAGGAGAAGCGAAAGCAAGUGUGGAGGACUUGAACAAUGCAAUGGUGAGCAAGGGAAGGAGGUCAAGAAAAGGGUCCAAGCAGGUUGGAAUGGGUGGAGGAAAGUGUGUCCUGUGACAGAAGAGUCCAGAAUGUUGGGUGAAUUUAUAAGACAGUGGUGAGGCCAGUAAUGAUGUAUGGCUUAGAAACAGUGGCACUAAAGAGACACCAGGAAGCAGAGCUAGAGGUGGCAGAAAUUAAGAUGUUGAGGUUCUCUCUCGGAGUGACCAAAUUGGAUGGGAUUAGAAAAUGAGCUCGUCAGAGGGACGGCCAAGGUUAAAACAAGAAGAAGAAAAAGAAGAAGACGCACAUUUUGUGGCAGGCACGCAAGGGCUGAUGUCAGAGUGAAAAGGGCACGGAAAAAGUGCUGCACCUCUUUGGGGAGGCUUGUUCAAGGUCACCUCAACAGUAGCCAGGAAGCAGAAAAGCAUCUCUGUCAAAUAAAACAUUAAAUAGAUGAUGCUUUUAUUUUGACGUGCACUUGUGUAAGCGGUAUAAGCAAGGAAGAGCAAUGACUUGAGUGUUUCUAACUAGUGACCUUGUCACUCUGUUUCGCCACUUUUCUGACUCACACACGAUGGAGGGAAAAGUGGGAUUUGCCCUGAUAAUCAUUUGGGAGUCCCGACCUGUAAUGGCUAAUAUGAGGUAGCGGUCGGUGCUCAAAAUGUCAGCACUCUUAAAAAAUGUAGAACUCAUGCACACUGUAGACAUGUUUAUGUGAAUGUU